AUGGAAACGCUACCAGUGGAGCUCUUGCAGCGGAUCUGCUUCUUCGCCGCCUUUGACGGUAGCGCUAUGUCCUGCUCCCUCGCUCUCGUGUCCAAGCACAUCCACCGCGUAUCUCAAUACCACCGGUUCGACAACGUGGCGCUCAUGGGACGCCCAGGAUACAUCGAGGCACUGACACGAAGGUUGGAAGCAGGAAAGACACGCAACGCAGCAUCUUCGGCUCGGCUCCGCCACCUCUUCCUGAUCUGCACGCAAUCCCAAUAUCUCCAGCUCGUGGAAAAGGGCAGGCGUUCCUCCACGGGCAGAAGCCCCUUCAUGGGCAAGAUUUCCUUCAUGAACGGAGGUCCCGUAUACCUCCCUGAGGGUUUCCUUUCCCCAAACGGCGCAAACGACACUACCCCAGAUUCUGUCCUUCGGUACGCCAAGUCGAUAAACGACCUCCUCCGCGCUGCCGGGCCGGGUUUGGAAACCCUCACCAUCGUCUUCCUCGAGCGCGACUUGACCCAACACAUACGGCUCCCACUCACCCUUCCCACCCUCCGCGAGCUCACCAUCUCUGGCGCCCCGCCGUCGUGGCUGCUCGACAUUGCGGAGCCCCGCCCGCCGCACCAACCCCCGCGGUUCUUGGCGCUCCGACGCCUCCAUUGGUACGAACGCUCAGGCCCAGAGGGCACCCUGCGCGACAUCCCCGCGGUCGCCGCGCGGCUCCCCGCGCUCACGCACUUCCGCCUCACCGGGUACAUGGACGACAGCAUGCCGGGAGUGUUCGACGCUUGCGCGGACGAAGACGUGCUGGAGCGCAUCGCAGACAGCCUAGAGCCCGAGAACUGCCGAACGUACCCGCAUCGGAACUGGUGGGGUCUCCCUCCCCUCACGCUCCACCGCCUACUGGAUCCGCCGAAGGUGCCCCUGCUGCCCGAGUGGUGCGGGCUGCAGCAGUUCGCGAUACAGCCGCCGUCCGUACGCUGCAGGGACGAGCAGGGCUACGGGAAAGAAAUCAUCUCCAAAUUGCGGUUGAUGUUGGUGUCGCUGGCGUCGGCGAGCCUGCCGGUGCACGUCUUCGAGGCGGGCGACACGUGGCAGGACGAGGAUGGCAACCAGGCGAUGUCCGUGGACAUGUUGCGCUAUUGGCACGAGGAACGGAUUCGAGGGAACCGGGGUUGUUGGGCGGACACAGAGCAUUCCAGGCGUACCGCCUGGGACAAGGUUGAAACCCACCUCAACACGUCCUCACGGGUCACGUUUGACCCCGGCGAUGUCAUCGAGGCCAUCAACCUCAUGCGUCUCAUCAACACUUCCGAGACGAGCGCGGACUCUCUGCACCGCUUCGCAGACGUCGCGGUCGCGUUCUUCUACUACUUCGUUGCCGCCGAUGGGAAGCCGUACAUCCUUCGGAACGGCCGGCCACGCGCGGACGGGACGGUGCCAGGAGGCGCUCAAUGA